GUGCUCCACAAUCCACUUGGCUUCUGACUGCUUCUCCGUCGCUCAGUUGAAUUGGGUUGACCUGAAUCGUAGAAAGAUGCCUCACCAUCAGCAGCAGUGUAAACAGCCCUGCCAGCCACCUCCAGUGUGCCCUCCGCUGUGCCAGGAAACCUGCCCAACCCCCAAGUUUCCGGAGCCAUGUCCACCGAAGUGCCCGGAACCGUCUUCACCCACAUGUCCAGAGCCGUGUCCAGAGCCGUACCUAGAGCCAUGUCCUCCACCUCUGUGCCAGGAGAAGUGUCCUCCACCCAAGUGCCCAGAGCCAUGUCCUGCACCCAAGUGCCCGGAGCCAUGUCCUCCACCUCAGUGCCAGGAGAAGUGUCCUCCACCAAAGUGCCCAGAGCCAUGUCCUGCACCCAAGUGCCCGGAGCCAUGUCCUCCACCUCAGUGCCAGGAGAAGUGUCCUCCACCAAAGUGCCCAGAGCCAUGUCCUGCACCCAAGUGCCCGGAGCCAUGUCCUCCACCUCAGUGCCAGGAGAAGUGUCCUCCACCAAAGUGCCCAGAGCCAUGUCCUGCACCCAAGUGCCCGGAGCCAUGUCCUCCACCUCAGUGCCAGGAGAAGUGUCCUCCACCAAAGUGCCCAGAGCCAUGUCCUGCACCCAAGUGCCCGGAGCCAUGUCCUCCACCUCAGUGCCAGGAGAAGUGUCCUCCACCAAAGUGCCCAGAGCCAUGUCCUGCACCCAAGUGCCCGGAGCCAUGUCCUCCACCUCAGUGCCAGGAGAAGUGUCCUCCACCAAAGUGCCCAGAGCCAUGUCCUGCACCCAAGUGCCCGGAGCCAUGUCCUCCACCUCAGUGCCAGGAGAAGUGUCCUCCACCAAAGUGCCCAGAGCCAUGUCCUCCACCCAAGUGCCCGGAGCCAUGUCCUCCACCCCACUGCCAGGAGAAGUGUCCUUCACCCAAGUGCCCACCUACACAGAAGUAAAACUGAAGUGCUAGCAGCCUUCAUCCAUGCAUCCACAGCUCAGGAGUGUCCAGGAAACCAACAAGUGCAUUAGUACCCUUUAGAGACUGGUGUAGUCUACAAUCAACUGUACCCCUGAAAUAUUGGCACUUACACCCCUCAUAGACAUUCUGUAUCAUGUACUGGCCCUGAGGAAUAGCUGCUAAUGCAGUACAUUCCUCCUCCUGUUUUCCAUUCCACCCUUAAUUGUAAACAUGCUGGAAUAAAACUUAUAAUUUAUGUUAUCCACUGUCUGCUAGUGUUUCCCUUGCCAUCCGGAUCUGUACCUUAUUGUUCUUGGCUAUCCAGUCAUUGC